UCGGAACCGCUCGGAACGGUCAGAAGCAGUCAGAACUGGUUGGAAGAGUGGGAAGGAGGCGUUUCCCGUGUGAUUGUGAACGUUUUAUAUAGCACGUUUCUUGUUCCCCGAAAAUGGGAGCUCAUGUGUCGAGAACUGACUUUGAAUGGACUUAUACAGAAGAACCGCAUGCUAGUCGACGAAAAGAAAUUUUAGAAAAAUAUCCUGAAAUCAAGAAACUGUUUGGCUAUGACCCAUACUUCAAAUGGGUAGCUACGGGGAUGGUUCUUGUUCAAUUUUUCAUGAUGUAUGUAAUGAUAAAUCAGUCGUGGCCCAUGAUAUUCCUGGUUGCAUAUUGUUUUGGUGGAGUCAUCAACCAUUCUCUGAUGUUAGCCAUUCAUGAGAUAUCACAUAAUCUGGCAUUUGGAUAUGCAAGGCCCAUGGCUAAUAAGUUGCUUGGAAUCUUUGUUAACCUCCCAAUUGGAAUCCCGUUUUCUGUUAGUUUUAAAAAGUACCACUUGGAGCACCACAGGUACCAAGGUGAUGAGAAACUGGAUACAGAUCUUCCAACAUACCUGGAAGCCAAGUUAUUUUGCAACACAUUUGGAAAGUUCUGCUGGGUGGCACUGCAGCCAUUUUUCUACGCAUUACGUCCCAUUAUCACAUACCCAAAGAGUCCCACAAAAUUUGAAGUCAUCAAUGUUAUUGUGCAACUUGCAUUUGAUAUUCUAGUCUACUAUUUAUGUGGUGGUAAGGUUGUAGUCUACAUGGUAGCAGGAUCUUUGCUUGCUAUGGGCCUUCAUCCUGUGGCAGGCCAUUUUAUCUCAGAACAUUAUAUGUUUCGCAAAGGAUAUGAGACAUACUCAUACUAUGGCUGCCUUAACUGGAUAACGUUUAAUGUGGGUUACCACAAUGAACACCAUGAUUUUCCUGCUGUGCCAGGAUCUAAGCUGCCAGAGGUAAAACGAAUAGCAGCUGAAUAUUAUGACAAUUUGCCACAGCAUAACUCAUGGGUUAGUGUUUUAUAUGACUUUGUGAUGGACCCUGACAUUGGACCUUACGCACGUAUGAAGAGGAAAAAUCGUGGAUUGAAAUCAUAAGUAAAAUUGUAGAAUAACUCAAAAUACCUUUCACGCAUUUAUGAUGGAUCUGAAUGCCUGAUUUGAUCUUUUCAGUCUGUUGGCAUCAUCAAAAUGUUAAUUUGGAUGCCUUUAUAUUUACCCUUAUGUAGAAAGAGAUAUUUGUACAUAUUACUUCAGUGAUUUGUGGGUAUUUGAUCAGUGCCAAUUUUUUCUUUUUUCUUUUUGGCAUGCUCAAAUUAUGAUAUGUAUUCCAUAAUAAUAUUAAGGUUGAACUGGAUGGUUAUGAGAUAAUUUAUGUAGAACAGUACAUGAACUUUACUUAACAAGUCACUGUGCUUGUGUUAUCUAGGCAUAAACUUUCAAGCAGUCUAGUUGUAGCCAAAUUGUAAGAUAUGACAUGAAAAUGUCUUGCAAUUUGAUCCCCACAUGUUGCUACAGUUCUAGAAAUUGAUUAUAAAAUAAAUUCACUUGUAAAUACAUGUGACAAGACUUAUGGCAUGUACCUUUGCAAACUACAAACAAUUUUGUGUGUAAUGUUAUUGUUCAUAAGUCUUAUUGAAACAAAGUAAGUUGAAGCAACACUGUAGUGUGAGGGAUUAGCUGCAUGGAGAGAUACUCAUGAGAAAGUACAAUGAUGGAAAAAGAUUGUUAUCAUAAAGUUAUGACUCAAUUCAGUGAAAGUAUUUAAAUAAGAUAGUUAUAUACAAAUGCAUACCUAUCAAAGAUGAGUCCUGAGUCAGGGGCAUUGUCAGAUUGCAUGAAAUUACCAAGUAUAUUAAAGUUUGGAAACACUACAGCCAGCUGGGUAGGUGAACAGGGGAUUGCAUUACAGAUAUUUUUAUAUUUUUCUAAGUUACAACAUGUGACUUGGUUUGUAAUAAUGUAUCAUUUCUGUACUUGGAAGCUGUUUUCCCCCUUUAUGAAAGAACUGGUUCAUUGUAUGGAAACAGUUAAACUGCAGCACCAUUUCUCAAUCUGUGUACCCAGUUGGGUUAUCACUGUAUGGAAAGAAACAAAAUGAUAAUACUGGAGCUAUCUUCAAAACAUUUUUAUGAGAUAUCCAUUUCUAACUCUUCAUACUGUGCAUCAUCUUGUUUACAUAGCAUAUAUGAGUCUCUAUAUUUAUGUUGUGUAAUUGUAGCUUUGUUGUAUUGGUUAUGUGAAGAAGAUCAGAAUUGAUGUGACAUGUAGUUUAAUUAAGAUCUAAAAGUUUAUGACGAUGGUAAAUUGUUACAAGUAAUAUGUUUUUGGACAUUAUCCAUCAUCUUGUCUAUUCUUAAAAAACCAUCAUGUUUCCUUUAAAAACACAACGUUUCGGGGACUGGAUUCUGUCCCCAUCCUCAGGUAAAACCUACUCAGUUGGGUCCAAUA